AUGUCUCAACCACAAGAUGACGUUCUCGGUCAACCGACCAUUGGCCAUACAGGUGAUGUGGCUAUGGCCAACAGCGAACACUCCUCCCAUCGCAGCAACCGGUCUAAUAGUUCCGUCGCUUCCCACCUAUCUGGUCUGAGUGACAAAUACGCAGCAAAGAUGCGGACCCUUCGAAAGAAGAUUCGAGUUGAGGAGUUGCAGCACCAGUUAGAGGAAGAAGAGGCUGCAGACCAAGCACUCCAUCGUAUUGAUGACCAAGCUCGACAAGCUCGACUCAAGGCUGAAGAAAUAGAGCGUCAGGCUUUGAGAGAGCGUGAAGCCAUAUCUACAAAUUUGUCACGUCAACGCAGAUUGCGUCAGGCUCAACAGGAGCUAGUCGAAGCUGAAGCCAUCAGCGCCAUGAUCAGUGAUGAUACAACGCUGACAGAUGUCACCAUUACUACGACAAGCCAGGGUACAAUCCCCGUGUGUACUUCUGCACAACCUGUGCCCUCUACAUCUCCCGUAGAGAACCGUACCGUACCAGAUACAUCUCUUCGAGCCAUCCCAAGUCUUACAACCUUUGCAGUGUCACAGAUUCCUUCGAUGACAACACUAGUCAGUGGCCACCCCACACCAUUGUGUGCUGAUGGACAUGCACCCAUGACAACCAGUCGCAUGUCACCACACUCAGCACAUCAAGCUCAACCUGUUCCCACCGGUCCCCCUCCGAUGGUACCCGGUGCAACAGCCAUUGACCUCCUUGUAGCUUCGUCCUAUGGAAUUCCCAAGCCGGCUCUGCCAAGAUUUUCCGAUGGAAGAGAGAAGGAAUUUGCCUUACUCCGCAUGGCCUUGGACAACCUUAUCAACGUCCAUCCACACCUCACAGAACAAUACAAGUUCCAGGUGAUGCUCGACCGACUUGGUGGUAGAGCAUUGAAACUUGCCAAGUCCUUCAUGUACACUCGUCAGCCCUACACUGAGGCCCUAGCUGCUCUUACCGACAAGUACGGCCAACCCCGACAGCUCGUCCAGUGCGAGAUCGCAGCCAUAAUGGCCACCCCUGCCAUCAAGUAUGGUGAUACUGAAGCAUUUGAGGAGUUCUCCCUGGAUGUCCUCUCCCUUGUGGGGAUGCUACAAUCCCUGGAAGGUCCUGACGGCAUUGAACUCCGUUGUGGCUCGCACGUCGACCGUCUUCUCAGCAAGGUUGCCCCCAGCCACAGGACGAGUUUCAUGGAGCACUGCCUGAAGGAGGGCAUCUUGAAGUCGAACUGUAGUCAAACCUACACCCUACCCCAGUUUGCAAGUUGGCUCCGUAGGAAAUCUCAGUCACACAGCUUUGCCAGUAGAGCAGUGUCCGGGCAUACUUUGAGUAACCCAAGACCGCAGCGAUACCAGGAGCAGCGAAUAUCCAGGAAGGAUACCCCAACAGCAGUACUCAUGACAGUACCAAAGCCGAAGUACAAACCCCAGCCUUAUUGUCCCUUUUGUGAUAAUAAGGAACACUACCUGGGUGGAUGUCCACAACUCAAGAAGCUGAACACUGAUCAGAUCGUCAGUUGGAUCCAGGACAAGGGACGAUGUUGGAAGUGCGGUCGUGCACAUAAGCCCGAUGAGUGUACCCUCAAGAAACCAUGUCACACCUGCAAACAAGUACACUUAACUGUACUUCAUGAUGCCGCUCACAAGACUACCAGUCAUGUCUUCAGAGUGCAGACAUCAAGUCUGAAUGUCUAUGUUGACAGGCCAAUCCGUCCGCAUGGUGUGAUGUUAAAGGUUGUGCCAGUUCUCCUUCAUGGCCCCGCUGGCACCAUUGAGACAUAUGCUAUCCUGGACGACGGUUCUGAGAGAAGUAUGCUAAUCCAGACAGCAGCCGAGAAGUUACAGCUUAAAGGCCAGCCAGAGACGGUCCUCCUUAGAACUGUCCGUGAUGACAUAGUCGAAUGCCAAGGUUCGGCUAUGUCUCUGCAGGUGUCACCCAAGGGAAAGCCCCACAUUAAGUACACCAUCAAUGGAGCCUUCUCUGCCAGCAAUCUGUGUCUCUCGGUGUACACAUAUCCAGUAAAGGCUCUCCAGCAGCGGUAUAACCAUCUCCGUCACCUGCCGCUACCAGUGAUUAACCAGGCAUCGCCGAUGUUACUCCUUGGAGCUGACCAAACAGAUCUUAUCAUCCCCCAAUGCCCAAUAAGAUCUGGACCCCGUGGUGCAGCAGUUGCUAUCUACACAAGGCUUGGCUGGACCCUCCAAGGACCCACUGGGAAUCAUGAUCUACAGCUGGAGCAACGAGUCUUCAAGACAUCCACAUUCCCGGUUACAAAUGACCUCCUGCAGCAUGUGCAGAUGUUAUGGCAGGCAGAUGUGCUCCCUUACGCCAAUGAUAAGGAAGUCACCCGAUCCAAACAAGACCAGUAUGCUCUUAAGAUGCUGGAGUCUAAAACCACCCGUGUCAGCCUUGAUGGUGUGCAACGUUAUGCCACGCCCCUCCUGAGAACCAAGGAUGGAGACAGAUUCCAGGUAACGAAAGAUGCAGUUCUUCCUACACUAAGGAGAGCAGAGAAGCGGUUACAGAAGCACCCACAACUGGCGAAAAAGCACAACGAGCUUAUCACAAAGCUGGUCGACUCAGGUCAUGUGCGAGUUCUACCCGAUGAUGAAGCCGCAAUGUCUGAUGAAUCUUGGUUCAUUCCUCACCACACUGUUCAUCACAAUGGGAAGUACCGACUGGUCUUCAAUUGUUCUUUUCAGUACAAUAACCAAGUGCUCAACGAGCAUCUCCUUCCCGGACCACAACUGGGUGCUUCCCUCAUCGGCGUGCUUCUACGUUUCCGGCAACACGCCAUAGCCAUCUCCGGAGACAUCAAAGCGAUGUUCCACCAGGUGCGACUUCUACCAGAAGAUAGGCCCCUCUUUCGCUUUCUGUGGCGAAACCUGAAGGUGGAAGCAGAACCACAGAUACACGAAUGGCAGGUCCUCCCUUUCGGCUCCACAUGUAGUCCGUGCUGUGCGACCUUCGCACUCAGGAAGCAUGCCAGCGACCACAAGGAGCAGUAUCCUGAAGUAGCAGAAUCGGUCGACAAGUCCUUCUACGUCGACAACUGCUUGGACAGCUUACCCUCAUCCAGAGAAGCCAAGCACCUGGUCCAUCAGAUGCGAAACCUACUGGCCGAUGCCGGGUUCGAGAUACGUCAGUGGGCCAGUAACGACCCUACGGUAGUUGAGGAUCUCCCACCAGAUGCUCGGUCCAAUGGCUGUGAACUUUGGUUGACCUACGGUGACACUGACUCCCUUGAGGCCACCCUUGGACUGCAGUGGGAUUGCAGCACAGACAACCUGCAGUACCGCCACCGAACAGUCGACUACGAGUCCCUUAACAUGAGGAACAUGUACAAAAUAUUGGCAAGCCAGUAUGAUCCCAUCGGCUAUCUCACUCCGUUCACUACCCGAGCCAGAGUGAUCGUCCAAGACUUGUGGAAAACCAAGUGCAACUGGGACGACGUUCUAGAGCCUGGUGCCAUCAGAGACCAAUGGCAGGCCUGGGAAAUGGAGCUACCAGCACUGACCGACAUCCAGUUGGAUAGAUGCUACACACCCUUAGCGGUAGAUGUUAAGCCAUCAAGCUACCAACUCCACAUCUUCUGCGAUGCAUCAGAGAGAGCUUAUGGUGCUGUAGCCUACCUUCGAGCAGAAGAUAAACACCAUCAUAUCCAUGUCAGCUUCGUCAUGGCCAGGUCCCGGGUUGCCCCCAAACGACAGCUAUCCAUGCCACGCUUGGAGCUAUCGGCUGCCUUGGCUGGUGCUCAGCUGUGCCAGCUACUCAAGAGAGAGUUGAGUUUACCUGUAAAGUAUGUUGUCCUUUGGAGCGACUCGACAACUGUCCUCACCUGGCUGAAGUCUGAAUCCUGUCGCUAUAAGGUCUUCGUCGGCACUCGAGUCGCGGAGAUCCAGACCCUCACUGAUGUCAAACAGUGGCGCUACGUCAAUACCAAGAACAAUCCGGCUGAUGACCUCACCAGAGGCAAGACCCUGAUGGAGCUUGCCCAAGAGUCCAGAUGGCGAGACGGACCCCCAUUCCUCUUGUCACCUCCUGACCAGUGGCCUGUCCACCCGGCCACACCACCAGAAGAUGUUUCUGAGUACAAGAAGUCAACCUUCUGUGGUGCCGUGGCUGUGGAUCCUGAAGAUCCUCCCGACCUUUCCAAAUGUGACACGUGGGAAGACCUCAUCAUGGCUACCAAGGAGCAUCGUGAUGGGGCGGCCGACACUGGUGACCCACCUGAGUUGGGUGCUGAAGAUCGAGCCAACAUCGAGCUGCUACUGUACCGCCGUGCUCAGCAAGGAAGUUUUCCUGAUGACUUAGCUGCUCUUCAGGCUGGAAGGGAUCUUCCUCGAGAUAGCAAGCUCCUCCAGUUAGCUCCAGAGUAUGAUGAUUUCACUGGUCUCAUCCAUGUUGGUGGGCGUCUACGGCAAGCGGAAGACAUCCCCAAAGAUUCCCGUCAUCCCAUCGUCAUGGAUCCAGCACAUCCUAUUACCAAACUUCUGAUCCGAGAAUAUGAUGAGAAACUACUUCACUACGGGCCUGAGCGUGUGCUUGCAGAGAUGAGACGUAAGUUUUGGGUUCUGCGAGGACGAGAGGCCAUUCGCAAGCAUCAGCGCAAAUGCUUUGGAUGUCAACGAUGGCGAGCCAAUCCUGACGUACCAAAGAUGGGAGAUUUGCCACCAGCACGCCUGCGACUGUACAAGCCGCCAUUCUUUUCCACAGGCGUUGACUGUUUUGGGCCAAUGACAAUCAAGACAGGGAGACGCACCGAGAAGCGCUGGGGCAUUAUCUUUAAAUGUAUGACUACCAGAGCGGUGCACCUUGACCUGCUAGAAAGUCUCAGUGCUGACGCCUACCUGAUGGCCGUUAGACGGUUUGUGUCCAGAAGAGGGAAGCCCUUCGAGAUACUGUCCGACUGUGGUACCAACUUUAAGGGCGGAGCUUCAGAGUUACAUGAGGCAUUCUCUACCAUGGAACCCAGACUGAAAGAAGAGCUCUCCAAACAACAAGUCAAGUUUGUCUUCAACCCACCGAAGGCCCCACACUUUGGUGGCGUGUGGGAGAGGGAGAUAAAGUCUGUCAAAGCUGGCCUGAGAGUCGUCCUCAGUCAGGCUGUACCCGAACCAGUCCUGCGCACCGUUCUGAUAGAAAUUGAGGGUAUUCUUAAUUCCAAACCGCUGGGUUAUGUUUCUUCAGACAUCGCCGACCCAGAUCCAGUUACCCCGAACCUCCUCUUGAUGGGACGACAUGAUGCAGCGCUGCCACAAGUUGUCUACCCAGCAAGGGACCUACUCAGCCGACGACACUGGAAACACAGCCAGGUGUUAGCAGAUCACUUUUGGUCGCGCUUCAUCGGGCUGUACCUACCCUCUCUGCAGAUACGACAGAAGUGGCAACGAGACGGUGCAGAGAUGAAGCCUGAUGAUGUUGUCAUGAUCGUUGAUCCUGCACUUAGCCGGGCUCAGUGGCCCAUCGGACGAGUCGUCGACACCUUUCCUGGACCAGAUGGUCGUGUGCGCACUGCCAGCGUGAGAGUGAGGAAGAAGAACUACACUCGCCCUGUUGCCCGCCUGAUACGACUCCCAGAAGUCACCAAUGAAGGUGUCAAGGAUGACCAGGAAAACGACAAAGAUCCAGCCCUAAUGGACUCUGAGUGA